GCUGAUGUUUUUGUUUAUGUUUACGUUUUGUUGAACAUUUUCGCAUUUUUCAUCAAAAGUUUUUCAUAUAAUCUAGUUUAAUAUUAAAUUUUAUCACAUAUUCAAUACUCCAGAUUUAUUGAAAGCCUAAGAUAACUUUGAAUAAUUUGGCUGCGCUAUGGUUAUCGUUCAGCUCGAUCACUUCCCGAAAGUUUGCCGCCUGUGCAUCCAACCGAAGCCGCCGGAUCAGUUGAUCCCGAUUGAAAGCAGCACCCUGGAGCACGGAAACCAAACGCUGGCGGAUCUGCUGAACGAUCUCACAUCUGUUGUGAUUCCUAAGGAUGUUGCUGAAUCAGUCCCAAGAGCCAUGUGUUGCAAGUGUUUCGCCGAGUUUGAGUUUGUGGUUCAAUAUCAACGGAAGUUGAUCCUGCUCACAAGAUUUCAAGUGGCAUUUGCACGGCUCAAAGCGGGCGAUAAGGCACCAACUGAGGACAUACUGUGUAACAGCCGGUGCGAAUUGGAGAGUCUUUUCAAGGAACUGAAUAUCUGUGCCGAAGGGGAAGAAAUGGCUCUGGAUCGAUUACUGGAAUAUGAUCCGGGAAAACCUACCGACUUGUCUGUUCUAAAAAUGGAAGACAACUCAAGUGUCGUAGAAAACGUAGGAAAACAGGAGGAAUCCGAGUACUAUAACGUGGAAUACAUUGAGGAUGGAGAAGAUGUUAGUUCCCGAGAAAAGCAAAACGAGGAGCAUCAGGCUAUCGCCGAGUCUAUUGAAGCGGUAGCAGAGUUUUUGCAAGAAACGGAGGAAGAAUCGAACAUGUUUUACUUUAUCAACGAAUGUGAAGAGGGGCCAGCCAAUGCAGCAGAAGAAAUUCCUAGGCCACAACAAGAGCAAGAAAUGCUACAAUGCGCUAAAUGCACAUAUCAAACGCAUUCGUCAAAAAACUACGAAUUUCAUUUGGAUCACCACAAGAAAUUUGAAGAAACGCCCUCAGAGAAGAAGGAACCACCCGUUAAGCGAAAACAAAAAAUCAGAAUGCUUCAAUGCCUUUACUGCAAAUAUCGAACCACAUCAAAAAGUAUGUUCCAGAAUCACGUGGAUCGCCACGCAAAUCCUACCGACGAGAAUCCGUGGAAAUGUUCGUUUGCCAAUUGCAGUGAAGCUUUCCCAACCAAAGACGAUCUCCUGAAGCACAAAAAGGAAAUUCAUUCCAAUUACGUGUGUAACAUUUGUGGCUUGGCGGUGAAGCACAAAUACACGCUGGAAGUUCAUCUACGGCGGCACAACGGAAAUAGCAACUAUCCCUGCUGGUACUGUGACACAUCGUUUUACACGGCGAACGAACUGAAAAUGCACAUGACGGUUGUACAUCUUAAUUCGGCUGAGUUCCUGUGCAACGAAUGUGGAUUGGCGUUCAAAAACAAAAAAUCAUUGACCCUGCACGAGAGAACUCAUUCGGAGCAACGUAGUUUUUCCUGUGAGGAGUGCAACAUGACCUUCAAAACGUCUACUCUUCUUCGGAGACAUCAUAAUAGUAUCCACCGUGGCAUUAAGUUCUACUGUACCAUGUGUCCAGUCAGCUAUGGACGGAAGGAUAAACUGCGAAUGCACAUGGAGAAAAUUCAUAAGGUUCAAACCUACUUUCCGUGCGAAAUUUGUCUCAAAACAUUCGCAACGGCCUUCGAACUGACCGAGCACUCCGAACACCACCGGAAUCCCAAGGAUCUUGAAUGUGCCACGUGUCUUUCGGCUUUCCUCAACGCGAAGGAAUUCGACGAACAUCUGUGCAUAAGCUAUCGGGACGACUACUACUGUUGCGAUCGAGAUUUCAAAUAUCACCUCCAGUACAACAAGCACAUGUUCCUGGUGCACGGUUUGAAGACAAAUGCCCGGGUCCGGUUGACGGCCAACCAGCUGGUCGGAGCUGCCAGAGCUUCCCGCAAACAGAUCGAACGGUGUACAAAGUGUGAAAAGGCUUUUGCCACGCGAAAGCUCAAAAAGGAUCAUAUGGUGCUCUGCCUGAAGGAUGCCGUUGGCGAACGGAUGGAAGUCGAUGCGGGACAGCGACAGCGAGAAGUGCACGAUGUUUUGGAUGUGCACGCGGAAGAUGAAGCUCAUCGGAUGGUAUCGUUUGAACAGGGCCAGCCAGUUGUGAGUCAUACAGGUUGAGAUGAGAUGCAGUUUUGUUAUAUAUACUGCCCCCACUCGCAUAACAGUCCCAUUUGACUUUUCAUCAAUUUUGAGUUAAUGUUAUGCAUAGUCAUCAUUUUCGAUGUACUUCCAAAUACAACAAUAAAAAUUACGAAUUUUUAUGUCAAUGUGUGAAAAAAAUACCAAGUCAUGAGCGCCCCAUAUCAAAAGUACCCGCAUAACAGUCCCAUCAUGGAUUUUUGUGUCACAAAACACAAAACUGAACAACUUUGUAGCAAUUAUAAUAUUUUUUACAGUUAUAUAUUCAUGUGCAAAGCAAUCUGUGAAAGUUUCGAGAUGAUCGAAAUAUUUUUCAAAUUUUGGCAAUUUUUCAAAGUUUUAUAUGGAAACAAGUUUUCAAACUUCAAAUGCCGUUUUCUCAAUUCCUCCUUUUUGCAAAUGGGACUGUUAUGCGAGUGGGGGCAGUAUAGGCUUAAUACACUUUUAAGUAUAAUAAAUUAGGGUGACAAUGGGUAUUAUCGGCAGGUUUGUUCUCUUCGUCAUGGGGGGUUUUUGUCAGUCAAAUUGUCUGAAACUUGGCCAUAUAAUUCAGCUUAGUUGGGAAGGAUUUAAGACCAACUCUGAGUUCAAUUGGUUUCAAAAAACCCCCAAAGACGAAGAGAACAAAACGGCCGAGAAUAGGUAAUUUCCCCUAUAUAAAAA